CUCCAAUGACGAAUAGCAUUGCUAAUCCCGGCACUAUCUUGCCUCAGAGCUUCGAGAAGUUCCAGGGAUUGAGUCGUCUGAUAUAAAGGUGGCUGCUCCCUCAACCAGAACAAGUCAGAUCAACAAACAGAUAUUAACUGUAUUGGCACGCAUUCACGACCUAAUUCAAGAUCAUCAUGGCUCCCACAAUUCUUGUUGUUGGAUCUACCGGCAACACUGGCAAGAGCGUCGUCCACACUCUACCAGAGCUUCUACGAAACAGCAAGACCAUGUCGGAUCAUCGCAUUCUCGGCCUCACUCGAAAUUUGGAGAGCCACGCCGCUCAGUAGCUCGCCGCUCUCCCUAAGGUCAACAUGGCGGAGAAGGACUGGACCGAGAUAGAUGCUGACUGGCUUCGUGAAAAUGAAGUCGUCAGGGCGUACAUCGCACCUCACAAUGAGCCCAGCCAAUUUGCAGAUGAGUCAGCCUUCUACGCUGCCCUUCUUCAGGCCGGCGUCAAGUAUGUGGUCAAGGUCUCAACCAACGUCAAAUAUGUUGGUCCCACCAACCCUGUCUACUACGGACGUUCGCACUGGGCAAUUGAGAACCUAUUAGACCAGACCGAGUUUCGAGGUCUGCAGUGGACAUCGCUGCAGCCCAACUUUUUCACCGCAAUGUACCUUUCCUCGGCCGCUCAGUGGAUCAAGGCAUAUCGCAGGACAGGAAAUCAAGAGGUCUUGAAGACGAACGUCGCUGAAGACGUCGCUGUGGCUAUGAUUGAUCCGCGCGAUGUCGGGAAAGUUGGCGCCCAUCUCCUCACAUUGGAUGAUGUCACUCCCCACAACGGAGCUCGCUACGUUCUCAGCGGUCCAGAAGAUAUCAACGGAAAGGACAUUCUCGAAUUGGUGGAAAGCUUUGCCAACGUCAAAGUGGAGACCGUGGAAUACAAGGAUGUGUCCUGGAUUGAUGAUCUGGCUAGUUCGGGAGUAUACCCAAAGAAAGUCUUAUCGUCGAUCAAGGCUGGAUGUAUUCCUCUAUGGAAUGCCCAAUGUUCACUCUCUGGCUCUCCCACCAGCAAAAAGAUCAUCGCGCUUGCUGCACCAAGUCGCACACCCAUUCAAGCUCUCGAGACCAUGUUGCGAAACUAAAGGUCAGGAGUACCACGUGAAGACAGACAUGUGAACGUCUGAAAAUCAUAUGUACUAAAAUUAUGUAUACAUCACUUGCAGUAUAUCUUCCAUGCAUCAGCCAACCUACGCAACAAUGUGCCCCUGAUCA